AUGGCCAGCAUCCCGACCGAAGUACACAAUGCUCUCGCGCAACUCCUGGGCGGGCUGCAGUCCACAGACAACGCCAUACGAGGUACUGCGGAAGAGCAGCUGAACACAGAAUGGGUCGCGCAGCGGCCCGACCUGCUGCUCAUGGGUCUGGGCGAGCAGAUGGCAGGCUCCACCGAUGAUGGGACGCGCUCGUUCGCUGCCGUCAUCUUCCGCCGCAUAGCCACACGCACCACCAAGGCUGCGUCUGGCGACAACAAGGAGAUUUUUCUCCAGCUCGACAUCCCUACCCAGGUUGCUGUUCGUAGCAAGCUGCUCGAAUGCUACGCCCGCGAGACGUCGAAGCCUGUUCGUUCCAAGAUCGCCGACGCCGUAGCUGAGAUCGCACGCCAAUACACCGACGAAUUCAUCUACAAUGCGGACCGCACGCGCGAUACUUGGCCUGACCUGCUCAGUGGUCUCUACCAAGCUAGUCAGUCGCCAGAUCCCGCCCUGCGCGAGUCGGCGUUCCGCAUCUUCGAGACGACGCCUGGCAUCAUCGAGAAGCAACAUGAGGAAGUCAUAACUGCUGUUUUCCAGAAAGRCAUCAAGGACGACGACAUGCACGUGCGGAUCGCUACCAUGACCGCCUUCUCCUCCUUCUUCCAGUCGCUCACUAAGAAGUCGCAAACCAAGUACUACGGCCUCGUACCUGACAUCCUUGGAGUGCUUGUGCCGUUGAAGGAGGCUCGCGAGUCGGAAAUGCUGACCAAGGCGCUAAUGGCGGUGAUUGAGCUCGCGGAAGUUGCUUCGAAAGCAUUCAAGGGCGUGUUCGGCCCUCUUGUCACCAUCACCGUGGAGAUGAUUGCGGACAAGGAGUUGGAUGAUCAGGCGCGUCAGAACGCUCUGGAACUAAUGGCCACCUUUGCCGACUACAAUCCGAAGAUGUGCAAGCAGGACAAGAAUUACAUCGACUCUAUGGUAACCCAGUGUCUUUCUAUGAUGACCGACGUUGGCGCAGACGAUCCAGACGCCGAAGAGUGGAAUGCUCAGGAGGACGUGGACUUUGACGAGAGCGACUCAAACCACGUUGCUGGAGAGCAGACCAUGGAUCGGCUUGCCAACAAGAUCGGUGGUAAGGAUUUACUUCCCCCGACAUUCACCUGGCUGCCGAGAAUGUUACAAUCGGGGUCGUGGAACGAUAAGCACGCUGCGCUGAUGUGCAUUUCUGCCAUUUCGGAAGGAUGCGCUGAGAUUAUGGAGAACGAGCUGGACCAGGUCUUGAGCCUCCUCAUGCCUACAUUACGUGAUGUACACCCACGAGUUCGAUGGGCUGCUUGCAACGCACUGGGACAGAUGAGCACUGAUUUCAAGGGUACCAUGCAGACCAAGUACCACGCUCUGGUCUUGMCAGCGCUCAUCGAGACUUUGGCUGCCCCUGAGCCGCGAGUGCAGUCGCAUGCGGCUGCGGCACUGGUCAACUUCUGCGAGGAGGCUGAAAAGGAGAUUUUGGAACCAUACCUGGACCGACUACWCACGAACCUAAUGCAGUUGCUACGUAACGAGAAACGAUUCGUCCAGGAACAGGCGCUGUCGACCAUCGCAACCGUUGCUGACUCUGCCGAGAGCACUUUCGGCAAGUGGUACCCAGAGCUCAUGCCGGCCUUGUUCUCUGUCCUGCAGGAGCCAAAUGACCGUGACAAGAGACUGCUACGAGCAAAGGCGAUGGAGUGUGCCACACUCAUCGCUCUGGCAGUCGGUAAGGAACGAAUGCAAAAGGAUGCGCUUGACCUCGUUCAGCUCCUCGCCAAUGUCCAGGCCGGCAUUGUCGAUGAAGAUGAUCCGCAGGAGAGCUAUCUCUUGCACUGCUGGGGCAGAAUGUGCCGCGUUCUCGGCCAGGACUUUGUCCCCUACCUCGAGACUGUUAUGCCACCUUUGAUGAAGCUCGCUCAGGCCAAAGCCGAUAUCCARCUGCUGGACGAUGAGGAGAACGUGGCCCAAAUUGAGCAGGAAGAGGGCUGGGAACUUGUUCCUCUGAAGGGCAAAUACAUUGGUAUCAAGACCAGCACACUCGAUGACAAGUUCAUGGCCAUUGAACUCAUCACCGUCUACGCUCAGAACUUGGAGGCCGGAUUCGCGCCAUAUGUCAUCGACAUCAUGGACAAGGUCGCAAUCCCAGGACUUGCAUUCUUCUUUCACGACCCCGUCCGUGUCGCAUCUGCAAAGGCCGUUCCGCAACUUCUCAACGCAUACAAGGUCGCCUAUGGUGUCAGCUCGCAACAGUACCUCACCUUGUGGAAAGGCACGAUCGAGAAAGUCCUCGAAGUGCUCGAGACCGAGCCCGCAAUUGAGACCCUGGCUGAAAUGUACCAGUGCUUCUACGAGUCCGUGGAAGUCUCGGGCAAGGACUGCCUCUCGAAUGAUCACAUGGGCACUUUUAUCACCUCGGCUGAGAGUGUACUCAAGGAUURCCAGCAGCGUGUCGCAGAGCGAGCAGAGGAGGCCGCCGAACGCGAAGAGGGCGAGGAGCCUGGCGAGGAGUGGGAGUUUGCCGUUGAAGACGAUCAAACUCUGCUCUCUGACAUGAACAAGGCAUUCCACACAAUCUUCAAGCACCAAGGCCAGACAUUCCUUCCGCACUGGGAGCGUCUGCUCAAUUACUACGACCUCUUUGUGUCCAACCAAGAUCCUACUCAACGCCAAUGGGCGCUCUGCAUUCUCGAUGAUGUGCUAGAAUUCUGCGGACCAGCGUCGUGGAAUUAUUACUCCCAUAUCGCUCAGCCUCUUGUUACCGGCAUGCGAGACGACCAAGCAGCGAACCGCCAAGCUGCAUGCUACGGAGUCGGUGUUGCGGCACACAAGGGAGGUCAGCAGUGGGCCGAAUUCGCCGCCGGCAGCUUGCCCAUGCUGUUUGAUGUCACACAGCGGCCAAACGCGAGGAGCGAUGACGAUGCAUUUGCAACCGAGAAUGCGUGUGCUGCCAUUGCCAAGGUUCUGCACUUCAACAACCAAAAGGUGCAGAACAUUCCCGAGAUUGUGGCCGCAUGGGUUGAGACUUUGCCAGUAGUCAACGACGAGGAGGCAGCGCCGUUCGCCUACUCCUUCUUGGCGCAACUGAUCGAUGAACAAGCUCCUGCCGUCAUGACCAAAGCAGCACAAUGUUUUACGUACAUUGCGCAGGCUCUUGAAGCCGAGACAUUGCAGGGGCAAAUGGCUCAGCGGAUAGUCGGGGCUGGCAGCAAACUUAUACGUACUGCCGGGCUCGAUUCGACUCAGCUUUUGGCUGGACUGCCUCCUGAGACGCAAAACACCGUACGAACGAUGUUUGGGUAG